UUUUUUUUCAAAGUUUAUGCUUUCGGAAUGUGUCUAUUAGAAAUGGUUACUGGUGAAUAUCCUUACAGUGAAUGUCAAUAUGCUGCUCAAGUUUAUCGAAAAGUUGUUUCGGGUGUCAAACCAGCCUGUUUUGACCGAAUUCAAAAUCCCGAAAUUAAAGAAAUUAUCGAUAGAUGCAUAAGAACGAACAAGGAUGAACGUUCCACUGUUCGACAAUUAUUAAACGAUGAAUUUUUUAUGCCGGAAGAACAAUUUGGGAUUCGAAUUGAUAUUCAAAAUAGAGAACAAGAUUUGAUUGGAACUAAUAAUGAGGUGGUUUUCUUCAGAAUUUUUAUUGAAGUUAAUGGUAGAGUUAGGGAAUUUUAA